AUGCCGCCGAAGAAGAAGGACGAGCCCGCGGAGGCGCUCGGCGCCGCGCGGUUCGGCCGCGUCCGGAACAACCUCAAGAUGGGCGUCGUCGGCUUACCCAACGUCGGGAAGUCGUCGCUGUUCAACCUCCUGACGGACCAGUCGAUCGCGGCGGAGAACUUCCCGUUCUGCACGAUCGAACCGAACGAGGCGAGGUGCGCGGUGCCGGACGAGCGGUACGACUACCUGUGUCAGGCGUGGAAACCGCCCUCGGAGUACCCCGCGUACUUGCACGUGACGGACAUCGCGGGCCUGGUCCGGGGCGCCGCGGAGGGCGCGGGCCUGGGGAACGCGUUCUUGAGCCACGUCCAAGCCGUGGACGGCGUCUUCCACGUCGUCCGCGCGUUCGACUCCGAGGAGGUCAUCCACGUGGACGACUCCGUGGACCCGGUCCGGGAUCUGGAGACGAUCCAGGCGGAGCUCUGCGCGAAGGACAUGGAGUACCUCAAGCGCGCGGUCGAGCAAGAGAAGAUGGACGUGAAGAAGAACCCGACGAUGAAGCUCUCCGGGUUGUUUACGUCGACGAUGGACAAGGUGGAGGAGAUGCUGACGAACAACCAGCCGAUACGGACGGGGGAUUGGUCCACGCCGGAGGUGGAGAUGAUCAAAGAGAAGCUCGCGCGGCUGAUAACCACGAAGCCGAUCGUGUAUCUCGUGAACUUGAGUAAGCGAGACUUCGUCAGGAAGAAGAACAAGUGGCUGGUGAAGAUUCACGCGUGGAUCAAAGAGCACGGCGGCGGGGUCAUGAUCCCGUUCUCCGUCGAGUUCGAGCGGGAGCUGUGGGAUCUCCGCGAAGACGCGGACGCGACCAAGGCGUUCCUCGACGCCGCGGAGGGCGCGAAGAGCGCGCUGCCGAAGAUGGUCGUCCAAGGGUACAAGGAACUGAACUUGAUCUACUACUUCACCGCGGGGGAGAAGGAAGUGAGGUGCUGGACGCUGUACGAGGGCUCGCUCGCGCCGCAGGCCGCGGGGGUGAUUCACAGCGACUUCGAGAGAGGGUUCAUCAAGGCUGAGGUGUGCGCGUACGAGGACUUCAAGGCGCUCGCGAAGGGGAAGAGCAUGGCGGAGGUGAAAGCCGCCGGGAAAUACCGGCAAGAGGGGAAGACGUACGUGGUGAAGGACGGGGACAUCAUCCACUUCCAGUUCAACGUCACCGCGCCGAAGAAAAAGUAG